UCAUUUCCUGAAGCAUGAGCUACAGACCGUAUGACAGAGCCCGCUCUGUCAGCCCGGGACUGUCCAUGCCUACAUUCCGCGGCCUGCUAGGAGUUGUUACGCCUGGUAUAGAAAACGCGGUUGCUGCUCCAGACGAUGGUCGCCUUUUCGUGGAGUUUUGAAUGCGAGUUGCAAUUCCGUCUGCUUCACAACUGAUCCUGGAUCCCAAUGCUCUACCCUUCUCUCGCUGGCUCUCUCGCCAGCUCGCUCGGACCCUUUGUCUCUCUGACCUUCGGAAAUGCCUCAAGGGCUGGGCCGUGGUGUGACCACUCCAUACUACAUCGCUGACUAGCUACUAGAAUAACCGUCAUCAGGCUCUUAGACUAUGGCUCCUAAAUGCUGUAAUCUGUGACUUCCCUGACGGCUUGCAAAGCCAUGGACAGAGAGAGAGUCGGAUGUGCAUUCCGAGCGUCGUGUGGAUUUUUAACCGUGCGUUAAAUCUCGCUGUCGAUGCAGCUGACGGAUCUGUUACGCCGACGGCACGCGCGAGCAUCUAACGCAAAUCAGACUAGUUCUAGCAUAUUUUUUCUCAGCAGACGGACGGCUACGAUGGCCAGUAGCAUCCGUCUCCAAAUACUUAAUACCGGCGAAUCCAAACCGGUAGCAUCCGUUUGCAGAUAGUCCGAAGAGAUUCCAAGUUCCAGACAGCCACGAUGUCCGGUAACGUUUGUCUUGAUGGGCCUUGAGGCGUCUGAAAGAAAACGGUAACAUUCGUCUGCAGAAUGCCUGAGAAUUUUUCAAGAUAGAGAUAGCCACAAUUCCCGGUAACAUUCGUCUGAUAGACAUUGCGGUGUCUGAAAAUUCAAUCUGGUAGCAUCCGUCCGAAGUGGGUUUGAGAACUUUUCAAUUUGCGGACAGCCACGUUACCCGGUAGCAUUUCGUCUGCAGGCAGUUUAGAAUCAUCUCAAGCUCCAGACAGCCGCGAUGGCGGGCAACAUUCGGCUGCAGCGGCGGCUACAGCGCAAGGCGCAGGCGCGGCGGCAGCAGCUGAGUUACCGCACGAUCCGGUCCGCGUUCCUCGUGGCGGUGCUGUGCUCCGCCACGUACGCCUGGGUCAUCUUCCUCAAGGGCUCACGACCAUACUGGUGGUGGGGUCCAUCCACGGGCGACCAUCCCGACCUCAUCAAGGCCCGCUUCGCCAGCAGACCGCCUGAGCCAGCGAACCUGUGGGACAACCCCGUGAAGGGCAAGUGGAAGCAGUGCGUGCGGCCGUCCCCAACAUAUGCUGACGGGCCUCUCUACGAGUCAACGGGGUUUCUGCAGGUGUUUCUUGAUGGCGGUCUCAACCAGCAGCGCAUCAGUAUCUGCAAUGCGGUGGCCGUGGCUCGCCUUCUCAAUGCCACGCUGCUCAUCCCGCACUUCCAAAUCAACCCUGUCUGGCUCGACAACAGUCAGUUUGAGGACAUAUUCGAUAUAGAGCACUUCAUGCACUACCUGAGGCACGACGUGCUUAUAGUGAGGCAGCUGCCGCAGCAGUACAAGUGGAGCACGCGGGACUUCUACAGCACGGGCGUCCACCAGAACCGAAUCAAGUUCGCCCCCAUGCACGCCUCCCCCGCCUGGUACCUCAAGAACGUGCUGCCAAAGCUGCAGCGCCACGGCGUGGUGGCCAUAGCGCCCUUCACCCACCGCCUCGCCUUUGACGGCCUGCCGCCAGACAUCCAGCGCCUGCGGUGCCGCGUCAACUUCCACGCCCUGCGAUUCGUGGAGCCCGUCAGGAGGCUCGGCAAGAUCCUCGUUGAGAGGCUGAGGGACCCGAACAGGCGGCAUGUGAGGCGAGGAGUGCUGUUUGGGAAAGGGGGGGAUGUGUCGAGCUAUGGUGCCAAGGGGAAGGGGGGAGGGAUUGGGGAGGUAGCAGGGGAACCCGAGAAAGGGGGGGAAGCGAAGGAGGUGGGCAGUGGUGGCGUGGAUACAGGGGAGGGGGGAGAGAGGAAGGGCGGACAAAGUGAGGGAAAAGAGGAGAGUGAAUUGCAAGGUGAGGGAGGAGAGGGGAAGGGAGGCGAGAAGAACGUGGAUGGAAGUGGAGGAGUUGGGGCAGCUGAUGCUGAGGGGAGGGUGCUUGAAGAAGAUGGGAAGGGCUCUUCUGCGAUAUCGGCUGGUGCUGCUGGUGGUUCUGGUGAUGCUGGUGCUGAUGGUGGUGGUGGUGGUGCUGCUGGUGCUGCUGCUGCUGAUGGUGGUGCUGCUGCUGCUACUGAUGGUGGUGGUGGUGUCACUACUGCUGGUGAUGGCAGAGAUGAUGCUGACGCAGAGCAGCAAGCGAGCAAGGGUCGGGUUGAAACAGUGGAGGAGGACGAGGGGAGAGAAGCACAGAGCGAGGAUGAGGGGGAAGACGAGGGGGCGAGGGAGAGUGAGGGGAGGGGAGGGGAUGCAAGGCGGAGACUGAUGGGCAUCUCGAGCAGCCUGGGUGCUCUGGGGAAGGAGGGGCGAGGAGGGGAGGGAGGAGGGGGAGGAGGACGACGAGGAGGAGGAGAAGGAGAGGGUGUUGUCGCUGCUGGUAAUCUUGGAGAGGAGGAUUCGGAGGAGGGGAGUGAGGGGGCGUUCUGGAGUGAGGACGGGGCGAUUGACGAGGAGGCCAAGGAGCGGGUGAGAAUGGCGCUGCAAGCAGGGAGGGCAGGGAGAGCGGGAGUAGCAGAGGGAAAGACGGCAGGGGUGGUAGGUGAGGCGAGGGCAAGGGUGGCUGGGAAUCCAAGUGGCGGGAACGGGAUAGGGGGUUUAAGUGUGCCAGGAGCUGCCGCUGUGGAGGUCGGAGAGGUGGCGAAUGAAGAGGGGGGGGCGGUGGACGGUCUGUCGCAGAUAGAGGAAAGUGGCGAAGGGGAGAUAGUUGGUGGUGAGGAUGGUAGUUCAGUCGGCGGGAGCAGGAGCAGCAAGGAGAAUGAGAGGGUCAGCCAGUCGGGCAGUGGCGGUAUGCUGAGUGGCCGGAAGGAAGGGCGAUGGGCGCACAAGGAGAGGAGAAGGAAGCGAUUUGUGGCGAUGCACCUGCGGUUUGAUAUGGACAUGGUGGCGCACUCUGCAUGUGACUAUGGCGAGACAUGGGCGGAGAGGGAGGCUCUGUCACGGUACCGGGAGUACGCAUGGCUGGGCCGCGUGGACAAGCUGCGCUUCUCCUCAGACGAGCUGCGCCUCGCGGGCAAGUGCCCCCUCACUCCCGAGGAGGUUGGCCUUGUUUUGGCCGCGUUGGGCUUCUCCUCGCGAACCAGGCUCUACGUGGCCACCUAUCAGGUGUAUGGCGGUGAGAAGCGCAUAGCCCCCCUGCGCCGGCUGUUCCCCUGGCUGGAGGACAAGACCAGCCUGGCGACAGAGGAGGAGCUGAGACCGUUUCUGGGGAAGGCGUCGCUGCUGGCAGCGCUGGACUUCUACGUGAGCCGCUACAGCGACGUUUUCGUGUCGGCAUCGCUGGGCAACAUGCACAAUGUGAUGGCUGCACAUCGCGCAUACUUUGGCGGUUUGAAGACAAUCAACUUCAACGGUACACUCCUGGCAACGCUGCUUGCUGCUCCUCGGGGUGCCCUCAAAUGGAACGACUUUGUUCGUGCUGUUCGGAUUGGUCACCGGUCACGGAUGGGCAAGAUCAAAUUGAGACGCCCCGGCCAGUCCAUAUACACAUACCCUGCACCGGAUUGCUUGUGCCCUGUGGGUUUACCGCCGCCUACUGUUGUUGGUACCACAAUGGGUGUUAGUGAUCCUGGAAUGGGCAUUAGGGAUAGGCAUGUAGGAGGUAUUGAUGAGACUCAGAAUGGAGAUGGUGUCAAUAGGGUCAAUAUGGUUCAAAGACGAUGAUACAUGUGAUUAUGUGGAAAAGCCCAAGAUUGCAUCAACCGUAAGAAGAAAUAAGUCAAGCUGGA